AUGGCAGUACAGGAUUUGAAAGAAAAAGGAGUAAAAGUGCCAAAACUUCGAAAACGAAGAUGCCCUUCAAGUCAAAGUGGGCAUACACAGGACAAAGGGGAUAGAUACGUGUUUGGAAACAAUCUCUUUAGUAUGCCUGGAGUAUUUAUAGAAGACUGUGGAUUUGUACCUAAGUUCCUUGUAGAUGCCUUUACUGUGGUGAAAAACCACAUUGACACAGUUGGCAUAUUUAGGAAAACUGGAUCUGUUGCAAGACAGAAAGAAUUGAAACACAAUUUAGACAAUGGAGGAGACCUAGAAGUAGAGUCAUCAAAUGUGUUUGAUGUGACAAGUCUGAUAAAGCAGUUUUUCCGAGAGCUCCCAGAUUCCUUGUUAACAACAAGACUGCAUGACGUCUUCAUCAAAUGCCACCAGCUGCAGGAGUCUGACUCUAGGCUUAAACACAUCCAACUGAUGUGCUUGUUGCUUCCACUCGAAAAUCUAAGCACUCUGAAGUUCACGAUGCAGUGCUGUGCAGAAAUUGCCAGCCAUAGCGAGAACAACAAGAUGAACAUGUCAAAUCUAGCUGUUGUCUUAACACCAAACCUCAUCCAUACUAACAGCAAGUCAGAGAAAAUGACCCAAGUGGAAGGGCAGCUGUUGGCAGCACAGACGUCCAUCAUUGAGCUCCUGAUAGAACACAGUGCUGACAUAGGCAUGGUGGAUGAAAGUUUACAAGAGCGUUCCCACAUGAUGAGUACAUGUUUUGCCUCUGAGGAUGAAUUGGACCGAAGUUGUGAUGAGUCUGAAGAGCCCAAGUCCAAGAAAAAGAAGAGAAGAAGUGGCUCAUUGCAAGGUAUUGUGUCAGGCAUUAGCAACACAAUCUCUAAAUGGUCAAAACGUGGUGGCAUCAAGGGAGCAUCAAGCAAUCAAAGUUUGGUGUCUUCGUCCUCUGCUGACAUGGAGGACUCUUCUGUUGCUGUGGAUGUUGGUGAUGCUGCUGGCAUUUCUAUAGGGAUAAUGGACGCCACGCCUAUAGUGGUCAGGAAGCGAAAAGCCUCAGAUGAAGGGGUGCCAUUUUCUGCCACUAAAAGGUAA